AUUGGUUGGUCGGUCAUUGUUCCUGAGCAAGUGAAGAACCUUCCAAAAAAAUAUUCCAGAUCAUCUGAGGGAUUUGACUGAAUCAAGAUGCUGCUGAUCAUUGAAGCUCUUCUUCUCAUUUUAGCUGCUCUGGGACAGGAUCAUAGCGCUGCUGCUGAAGGACAGAUAUAUCCAUUGGAUAUGGCACCAGAUUCUGUUGAUGAUCAAUAUUUGGCUUGUGGAAAGAAAAUGGCAUAUCUGGUGAGGAAUAAAUAUCUAAAGAAGGAAAGCAAUACCUCAACUGAAUUUAAAAAGGCAUGGCAAGAAGGUAAAGAGAAUGCCAGUGCGCCAGAAGAUAAAUUGACAAAGAAUCAUUCUAUUGCCUUGUAUGUGUACACUAACCUUAAUUCUAGCAUACAGAGCAAUUUUGAUAUGGCUGUUUAUAAUGGUAAACAAAACUACAGAAACCAGACAUUCAAAUGGUAUUCACUUCAUUUUUUGUUAACAGAUGCAAUAAGGAUAUUGAUUAGAAAACAAAAGCAAUGCAAGUCAACAUAUCGUGGUACAAACGUUGAAUUUUAUAAGAAUGUUACAGGCACGGAGGUUCGCUUCGGCUCAUUUGCUUCAUCCUCUCUUGAUCGUAAAGUAGCGCAGGGUUUUGGAACGAAAUCUUGUUUUGAAAUCAAAACUUGCAAAGGCGUUAACGUGAUCAAAUAUUCGAAGUAUCCUGAACAGAAAGAGGUGCUGAUUCCUCCAAACGAGACGUUUAAAGUCACUGCUGUCAAGACUAGAAAAGACCAGAAAAAUCUCUGGUGUGAAACAGUGUACAAGUUGGAAAGCUCUGGAAAAAGAAGUGACCUGAAUUGUUCAGUGGCUUUCGAGAAAUCAGUUCGGCGUAAAUGCAUAUGCUCAAGGGCAAAGGGCUAUUGUGCAAUGUAUGGAAUAUCACGGUGAAGCUUCUUUGAAACAACAAUCUGUAUUGUAUAGAUACAUAUAUAAAAGUCCUAUAUACAUAAAGGUGACAAUAAUAUCCAAGCAUUCAGUGUGAGGGCUUUUUCUUGGGCGGAACGAAACUGAAAGGAUAACAAUUGAGCGAACUCAAUCCCACUGAUGGAGAAAUUUCCAUUGGGCAGAAAAUUGGUCAGAACAGCAUUGCCACCAGUUUUUGUAUUCCCUGUUAUUUGAUCCCAUGAUCCUGGCAUUACCAGCCUUGCUGUACAGCUUGAACGAAAGUAAUAGUUCAAAAUGUAUGUUGAGUGCUUUGAAUUUACAUCCUUUUGUUUUGUUCUACACACAUUUGUUUGUUCUUCAAAAUUAAGUUGAUCAUACAAUUGUGAUGUAAAUGAUUUAAAGAUCUGUAUUGAUUUACUUUUUUGUCUACUACUGUAAUUUGUGUAGCAGUUCCCAUUGUUUUUGCUUCGCUUGAAUAAAAGCUGUUGUGCUAUUCAGAUGAAGAUUAUUCAACAAACCCAAUAAAUGAUCGUUUUUAUUAUAA